UGCGCCUGCGCCCUGACGUCACUGGCUCAGCGCGGCCUCCAUUUUGCAGCACCUUUGCAGGCCAGCAAGUUCCAUUUGUAGUGCAGCAUCAGUAAAUAAAGUGCAUAAUAAGGGUUAUUUUCAAACUGAAGAAAUAUUUUGUCGGACAGGACGAUGGCUGAACCGUCGGCGGACGUGGAGGUUCCGGAGGGCGCAGAGGUUCGCAAACUGUCGGAGCUGAGAGUUAUUGAUCUGAAGGCCGAGCUGAAGAAGCGAAACCUGGACACCACGGGCGUCAAGAGCGUGCUGUCGGAGCGACUGAAAAAGGCCAUCGAGGAGGAGGGUGCAAAUCCCGAUGAGAUUAUUGUGGCUCCGGAUUCAGCACCAAAGAAAACCAACGUUGCCCCUAAGCGGGCUGCCAGAGAUACCAGGCAAGAGAAUGAUGAACCAGAGGACAGCACUAUUGAGGAAGACUCCCAUGAUGGGCAUGAGGAACUGCAGGAUGAUCAUGAGAACAUGCAGGAAAUGGACAUCCUCGACAUGAACGUUCUGGAUGAGACGGAGAACGACAAUGGAGUACCAGCUGAGGAUGAUGAAGAUGAAUCUGAGAAUUUCCAUGGAGAAGACGACACAUUGAUGAAUGAAGAACAUGACAACAGGGGUUUCGAGUCAGAAGAUGAAGCAAGAGGUCCAGAGAUGGGCGAGUCUGAGAUGUUAUAUAAGGAUGAAUAUAUGACGUGCUCAUCAAUCAAUACGGCUCAGGAUCCAGAUGCAGACGACAUGAAAGAAGAAACAGAAAAUGACAAAGUAGCCGGGUCUUGUUUAUCUGAGCCGCUUAACGAAGAUCAACACCAGAGCCACGAGACGAGCCCUGAAGAAGAGCAAGCUGCCACCGCCAGAGGGGAAGACAGUGUGUCCGACAAAGCCGCCUCUGGAGAUGUGGAGACCGACAGGGAUGUUGUGGACAUGGACGCCAAAGAGGUUGGGGACAUACAGAAUGUCCCAGAAGAGACAUUUGACGCUGAAAACAAAAGCUCGCAGGCUGUUAGUGUAAGCGAACAGGGCGCUGUGGGUGAAACCGUUGAUUCAGAAAUUGGGUCUAAGAAGGGUGAGGAGGAUGAGAAGACAGAAGAGAAAGCUGCUGCGGAUUCAGCCUCGACAGUGAAAGAGUCCUCUUCUGUAGAGGGCGAUGAUCAGAAAAAGAGCUCGGAGGAAAAAGAUGGCCAGACUGAGCCAAAAGAUGAAAAGGCCGCCGGAAGUGGUGCUGCAGCGAGCAAUAGCAGGAAUCUGUGGGUCAGCGGUCUCUCGUCCACUACCAGAGCGACAGAUUUGAAGACUCUCUUCAGCAAAUACGGCAAGGUUGUUGGAGCUAAGGUGGUGACCAAUGCCAAGAGCCCCGGGGCUCGUUGCUAUGGUUUUGUUACCAUGUCCUCCACAGAGGAGGCCACCAAGUGUAUCAGCCACCUUCACAGGACUGAGUUGCAUGGCAGGAUGAUCUCUGUGGAGCGGGCUAAAAAUGAGCCAGCGGGGAAGAAGCCAGCAGACAAGAAUGACCCCAAGAAAUCUGGCAGCGAAAGGAGACACUCCUCCGACUCCAAGUCUGAUGGAAAGGAUGAGAAAUCUGAGGGAGAAGGGAAAGAUGGCAAAGGGCGAAAUGAGAGGACUGUAGUUAUGGACAAGUCCAAAGGAGAGCCCGUUAUCAGCGUCAAAACCAAAAGCAAGGAGCGAAGCACAAAGAGUCGGGACCGCAAGUCAUCUAGUAAGGAGAAGAAAGACAUCCUGUCAUUCGACCAGAUCAAGGAGCAGAGAGAGAGGGAGAGACAGAGACAACGGGAGAGGGAGAUCAGAGAGGUGGAAAGACGCAGAUACACUGACCGUGAUCGUGACAACCGCCCAGAUCGUGAGCGUGAGCGAAUCCGUUUGUUCAGGGAGAGAGAGGAGAGGAAACACUUGAUGCGGAAGAGACACUGGCUUGAGGCUGAGAAGCAGCGUCUCGAUGCGGACCGUAUGGAGCGUCAGUUCCUGGAGCGUGAAAGGUUACGUAUAGAGUACGAGAGGCGACGGGAGCAGGAAAGGAUCCUCAGGGAGCGUGAGGAGCUGAGACGGCAGCAGGAGCAGUUGCGUUAUGAACAGGAGCGACGCCCCAUUAAAAGGCCUUAUGACAUGGAUGGCCGGAAAGAUGAUUGGCCUGACAAGCGCAUGGCCAUGGAUGACCGUUACGGCCGUUCCGACUUCGGUCGACAAGAGCGUUAUCAGGACUUUGACCACAGAGACCGGGGCCGUUACCAAGAUGACAUGAUGAUGGACAGGCGGGACAACACUCGUGGCAUGGGUGCAGACAGAGAUGGUCAGCACUUCUCAGACAGGUCAGACAGACAUGGCAGAGACGGCCGAGAGCCCUGGGGUGGAGGCUAUGACAAGCGCAUGAACCCGAGGGAAGGAGGUCGAGACUGGGACUCCGGUCGGAAGAUGGAAGGAGACAGACCGUGGCAAAGUAGGGAUGGUGCUAUCCCAGGCCAGAGCCACAUGGCACGUGGAGGAAUGGCAGGCCGCGGAGGCUACAUGAACACAGGAACAUCUCAGUCCCUCUCUGGAGCUCUCAACAGACAGAACCAGCUGAUGCAGGGCGGCGGGCUGCAGGGUGGAGCUUUUGGUCGACGCUACUGAUGUCUGUCUGUCUGAAGACCAUAGUGGGACUGUUUCAAGAGGUCAUAUCAGGGAGGAUGUGGCCAUCUUGUUUUUGUACAUUUUUUUAAAAUCGGGAUUCUUUUUUGACAUAAUUCCAGUCCAUUUUUGAUGGAAACCUUUACUUUUUUUUGUUGCUUCUCCAUUUUUUUUGAUCUCCUGCCUUAUAUUUAUCAUUCAGUCCAAUCUACCUUGUUUGUUUAACACACCUGACUGCUUACAAGAAUUUGUUGUGUGUGCAGGUUGGCCUUUGGUGGAGAGUAGCGUCAGAGCUCUGUGCUGUAAAUGUAGAUGUUUUUCAGAGGUUGAUGGACCUAACCUCACCAGUCUCAUAUCUGUAUCUCAGUUUGUGUCUGAAACAUUUUGGAAGUUUUCUGUUCUCGUUAAAUGAGCCUUUGUUGCAAUUAACUUGUGCAGAACUUGAGGCUCCUUUUGACGGUAUUCUUUUUAAAACACAUGGUUGGUAAUAAUUUCCCUGCUGAACAAAGGUUUUUAAAUUAAAUGUCAACAUUCUGAUUAUCCAAGCUUAUUAGACUUUUCUUUUUAUAUUUCAAUUAGUUUUUUUUUUUGUUGUAUAGUAUUUGAUUUGUGUGAUUGUUGAGUAACGGUAGUGUGUGUAUGUGUGCAUAGAUCAGUGAUGAAAUCUAAAAUUUAAUGUAUGAUGUUUCAGCCUAAAUUUUCUGUCACUCAAAUGUUGUUUUUUUGUUUUUUUUUUUUUUUUUUUUUU